CUUGCCGUAGUUUGGUCUGGCUUUGAGAGACUGCCCCCUGCAUAACACUACUCUACUUCCUGGGCAGUCGAAAGUAAGCUCUUUCAGGUUUUCAGGUUUUCUCGCCACCAAGAGAAGAAAACGAUAGUAUUUCCAGGGAAGACGUCCUACCAACAAGACUUGCGGCACUACGGAUCUCGCUCGCCUACUCCUGAAUCCUCCUCCGUGGAUCCAAGACGCAAUGGUCAGUAAGGACAAGAUGAAUUUGGAUGAGUUCUUUAAAAGGAUUGGAUUCAGCGGCCCAUUCGAGAAGCCAGACCAGGUGACCCUCAACGCUAUCCACAAACGCAUUGUGAUGACGGUCCCUUUUGAAAACCUGAGCAUCCACUGUGGCGAGAAGAUCGACAUGGACCACGAAGCCAUCUUUAAUAAGAUUGUGAGAGAUCAGCGUGGAGGCUGGUGCAUGGAGGGCAACUACCUCCUGGCAUGGGUGCUGAGAGAGCUGGGCUAUGACUCGGUCAUGCUGGGGGCCCGAGUUAUCUUCGGCCAUGCCAAUGAUCCCUCCGCCCCAGAGAGCCAUCUCAUCAACAUGGUGACCAUCGACGGCAGGAGGUACAUCGCAGAUGUGAGCUUUGGACUGUCCUUUCAAAUCUGGGAGCCCAUAGAGCUUGUGCCUGGAAAGGAUCACACCGAAGCCGCCGGGGUCUUCCGUCUUAUAGACCAGGAUGGGCUCUGGUUCUUCGAGAAGACCAGCCGGAAGCAGAAGAUCCUGAAUCCAGACUUGGCUAAAUCAGGUGAGAAGGAGAAAAAACCAACGGAGCAGAUAUAUUGCUUCACUCUGGUCCCCCGUGAAAAGGACCACUUCACCGAUAUUAACCACAAACUACAGACCGAUCCUAACCAACUUUUCACCACAAAGUCGAUCACCUCUCUGCAAACCCCAACAGGGUUUCGAAUCCUGCUCGGCUGGACCUACACAGAGGUCACCUUUAGGCCGGACGAAGGUGUAGAUCUCGUACACACAAGAGACCUAUCAGAUGAGGAGGUGGAGACCAUUCUCAGGGAGAAGUUCAAUAUAAAAUUGAAGAACAAGUUGUCACCCAAAAACAACAAAAUAGGCCACGGCCUGUAAAUUUUGGUUAGCUUAUUAGAUCAAUUUUUUUUAUAUAUGAUGAAAUAUAUAUAUAUGAUUGGAUUUAUUUGUCCAAUUUGUGCUUUUAGUUGUGUGCAUCUCCAAAAAUACUGAUUUGUGUGAAUAAAAUCCAAUAUUAAAAAAGUGUAAAUGUGGUUCUUUCAAUGGAUCCUUAAAGGCCUACGUGCGGGUUAACCGGAAGUUUUGAUUAAUGGUUACAUACAGCACUCAAAAUUUAUAAAAUGUCUCCAAAAUAGUGUUAUAGUCCAGUAUUUGUCGUUUUUGGCAGUAACGGGAGUUUUCUAACGCCAUUCGGCGAUGACGUCACGUUGGGGAGACGUGGUGGAAGGUAGCCUCAGCCUAGUACUAGAACUAUGGCGUCUAAGAGGUGACAAGAACCACAAAUAACAUGUAUGAUGGCCCACAGCAGUAUCAUUUCGAACCUGUCAGACGUGAGAGGGCGAAUGAGGAAUUGCCGAGAACUGAUCAAAGUCAAUUAAAUGCAUGGUCAGAGGAGAAUGAGUGGAGAGUUGCUCAUUAGCAACGC